UUCUCUCACUGAGCGUCGUUUUCUCAGGGUCGUGUCAGUGCGUCACUCCAUUCUGUGCUGAGACACGUUCCCCAGCAUGGAGGAACCCUGCUUGGGGUUUCGGUUCUGCGGUUGGGCGUUUGGGUUGCUUCCACUCUGGCUGUGGUGGCUCAUGCUGUUGUGAACACACGUGUGCAGACUGUCAAACUGGGUAAAGGACUAGAUGCAGGGAGAAGGUGGAGCUGAAAUUGUGGAAGGGAAAUUCAGAAAGUUGGUUCUGUUCCAAGAUGCCCCUGUGGGGGUGUUGGGGGACAGAGAAGAGGCGGGUGGACUGAGCCCCAGGCCGGCCCCACCCAGGAGCUCCACUGCAGGCCCCUCUCCUGAGGGAGGGAGGCAGUGGCUUGGCUGGGGGCCAGUAGGCCCAGCUGUUGCCAGGACACUGGGGUGGCCUUUGUCGCUGUCAACAAUGGCCCCACAGGACUUGGAGGCAGGAGCCCCCAGGCACGCAGAGGCAGACAUGCAGACCAUGAGGCGGCAGGCUGCCUGGCCCUGUGUCCCCCGGGGGACCCUGGAAGUGGAUUUCCCUCCACCUCUCUACAGCGAUGACUACCUGUCCCAGGAGGGGCCCCGCUGGACUCCGGCCAUCAAGCAGGCCACGCGCUGGAAGUACACACCCAUGGGACGCGAUGCGGCCGGCCAGCUAUGUUACACGGGCCUGACCAACUCGGACUCCCGGGAAGCCUGGUACACGCUCCCACGGGCUCCGGACAGCCCGUACCGUGAAGCUUAUUCCCGCUGGCACGGAUGCUAUGGUCACCGGGAGCGCAGCCUGCCUUCGGCCUACACCCAGCGUGUGCGGGAGACGGCCUGGUACGACCCCAUCAUCCCCGCGCAGUACUCAGACCCCAGCACUCGGUGGGGAAGCGUGCUGUGGAAGGACAGGCCCAUCAGGGGCAAAGAAUUCGCCGUCAACAGGCACCGCUUCGGGACGGAACCGCUAUGGCGGGCGUCUGACUACGUGCGGUACCUGUCAGCGCCCCAGCGCCCGCGCUACACCGCCCAGAACUACCGGCAGUGGGGCCUGGAACCCUACUGUCCCGCUACCAACCAGCGGCCCCCGCCCGUCUACACACCCAGUCACUGAUAAAGAUCGUGCUGCUGCCCGACGCGGCUCUGCAGGGGCGCAGGCGCCACCACUCCCA